UUUUUUUCACUAAUAACAGGAUGUUCCUGUCACUAGCCAUGUUCAUAUUAUAUAACUAUGACGCUUAUCUAAUGAGGUUUGCUAUUUUGCUGGGUCCUCCAGAAUGAUAAAGUGUCAUGAAUAACACGACUUGACAGGCGGAGGGCCAUAUUAACCUGUUACGGUGACCAAGUCGAGCGGUACAAAACGAGAAGGGACAGUAGUGUUUGAACCCAAAUGAUAUGACUGACGUAUAGAGCGUGGGAGUUGGAUGUGUCGGCAGGGGGCCGGAGAUGCGUACCGUCCAAUGAAAACAUAUUCGGGAGACAAUUAGUAAUUACCUCUGAAGCUGUUGUUUUCUCUUUCCAUUGACGCACUUGCUGGCUGUUUUGGUUUGUGGCUACAGGCUAUACUAAAUUGAUGCCAUUUGUCGUCUUUUGGGAUGCUUGCAGUUUUGCAACAAAAUGGAUGUCAGAAAUAUUUCCAUGUGCUUGGGCUCAUUGAUCGAAGACAGCAGAGAGGCAAACGUCUCAGCGGCGGGAAUCGUGGAGCCGUCCGCCAGGGCUCAGACCGUGUUCGGUGUGCUGAUCCUCCUGGCUGGGCUGACUGGGGUCCUCGGGAACGGCCUGGCUCUGCAAGCUUUUUAUGCGUGUAAGGCCCUGCGAAAACCCAAGCACUACCUGGUGGUGAAUCUGAGCAUCACAGACGGCCUGUUGUGUGUGGUGUUCUGUCCUGUCACAGUCUGGGCAAGCUUCGCACACUCAUGGACGUUUGGGAAACCAGGUCUGGACAUGAUCGGCUUCAGCGUUGGUGUGAUGGUCAUAGUGUUGAUGACCACCCAACUCGCCAUAGCCGUACAGCGACUAGCCGUGUCCAUCAAACCGCUGAAGGCUGCCGUGUACAUCACACACGGCAGGGUGCUGCUCACCGCUGCCACCACAUGGAUCUACUCCGCCCUGCUCAUGCCGCCGCCUCUCCUGGGAUGGAACAGAUUCAUCCUAGAUCACAGUGGCGUCAGUGUAACGUUUGAUUACCUAGCUCGUGACGACCUCUCCAGGUUAUACGUCAUUGUCUUGUUGAUUUUCGCCUUUGCGCUACCGUUAGUCGGCAUAGUCUGUUCUUACAGCUACAUUCUUGUGGCUGUGAGAAGGUCUAGGCAGAAGGCGAAAGUGCCGACGACAGGGUCGACUCGUAAAAGAGAUACGAAGACUGCCGUUGUCGCACUGAGUCUCUCGGCCUUGUUCUGUGCAAGUUGGACACCAUAUGCCAUUGUUGUUCUUUUAAGUCUGUUUAACGUCACUGUUCCUAUUAUCUAUAUCAUGGUUGCUUUUGCCAUAGCGAAGUGUUCAUGCACAGUGAAUCCCUUGAUGUUUGCGUUGACUCUACCUGUGGUCCGACAGUAUUACAAGGAAAAGCUGGACAAAUAUCUCAGAUUGUGAAAAUGUCAGUGUGAAGCCACUUCGUGCCAAGCCCUUGAUGCGGUGGAUAUCAUGUACAUUAAUGUCUUGAAUUGAUGUAUACAAAUGUAUAUGUAUGUACAUUAACGGGGAUUCUGCACAAUGUAUGUAUAUGGACUUUCUUGUGGAAAUCUUUGACAAUAAAAUUUGUAGUUGUCAUUAUGUUUGUCACGGUUUCUUUCGAUGAUAGUGUGAGUGGAUCAAAACUAUGCCCAUGACCUGGUCUUGCACAACUUGUACCAAGUGUACAAAACUGAUGUGCUACUGGUCUAAAAGUGGCACAACGUACGAGCAAAAAAUAAACAUAAUUAUCUCCGGAAAAAUACAAAAGUAAUGUAACAUUAGAGAUGACUGACUUCCUGCAUGGAAUUACUUACAGUAAUCUUCUCUCUAGAGAAUGUGAGGUAGCAUUCACUGAUCACAUGACACAUUUCCGCCCUUCUUAAUGCUCUGAACCCACUGACAGUUUGAGGACACACUUCGAGCAAAGUUUAGAUUCUAUCAAUCAGAAGUGUCUCCAAUAUGCAAGUUAGGCUGAAACUCAUCCUCCCUGCUAUCGGAAUGGUAUGAUCGGUACUUUCAGCCAAUCAGAGCCGUGGUUGAACACUGUUAUGGGGAUCACAUCCCCAUUUGUUUCAUGUAACCAUCAUCAACAUACCUCAUGUCAAAGACUUGCGUCUGUGGGAUUAGUUUUCAUUCUUUUGAUUUCAAGGAGUAAAGUUUCUAUGAAUAACAUCUUGACCCAGAUUGAACAGGCAAUAAUCGAAACUUUAACAGGUUUUUAUUCAUCCCUGUUGAUCAGCUAGCUAUCUAGGGGGCUGAUAAAUUGAUAUAUGGGUGUCAAUGUUCCCUAACUGUUAUCUAAAAUACUGUUUUUUACAUCUUGUCUUUUUCAUAUUCUUUUCAAACUUACCUAAAACAUUAUAAAUCAGGACUUUGGCACUUCAACUACUUUCUACAUGUACGUGUAUAUCAGGUUUUUUACACAUUAAUCAUGGUAAUUCCAAUAAUUUUUGUCUUUGUAAAAAUAAAACAUUUUAUUGCCAACACCCAGGCUUUAAUGCAAUCUUUGUCUUCACACUGAUGAAUAACCAAUGACAACUGGACCAAUGAUUUUGAUUUUGCUGUGAGUUUCUUUGUACUGUAUGAGAGUAGUGUAGUGGUCUGUUCCAACUUCCAAGUAGUAGGUAACUGUACCAAGCAUUAAAAUGAUAUAUUCAAAAUGCAGAAUGCUUACACUAGAUGAUUAAGCCAAGGGCCGUCUGUGUUUAAAACUUCAUGAAACUCUAUUAUCAUUCAGGCUUUACCUGUGGGAAAUACAAGAGAAACUCUAUAGCAUAUCUAAAU